AUGUCUUCGACUUCUGUGGGCCCUCCUGUGGACCCCAAAUGGGCGGCCGAAAACAACCUUCCUCGCCUUCUCGCAUUGACGGGCGUUUUCCAUAUCGCCGCAUUGAUUAGUGUCGGCCUCCGAAUAUUUGUCCGUGUGGGCUUACUGCGGUCGCUGGGGAAGGACGACAUUGCCAUUGUGCUCGCUGCUCUUGCGGCUCUGGGUGGAUGGAUUUGCUUCAUUCUUCAGGGAAACCAUGGCUUUGGACGACAUGCUAAGACGGUUUCCAAGGAAGAUAUGCAGGAGUUCAGUCACAUAGGCUUCUUUGGCAGUAUUAUUUCCGCCAUUGGUGCCCUUGGGUUGUUGAAGAUUUCCAUCGCUCUCUUCCUGUUGAGACUGAAAAACAACAACAUGUGGAAGUGGUAUUCGCGCUGUCUGUGGGCACUGAUAGCUUUGGUAACAAUCUACACGAUCGGCGCAUGGCUCACCUUCUUCCUGUAUUGCAAGCCCAUGGAAGCAAUGUGGACCAGGCAAGGUGUCUGCUACAGUCAAAAGAUGUUUGUCGCAUUCGCACUGACAAAUACGGCUUUGAACAUCUUUACUGAUGUCUGCUUUGCAACUCUGCCAAUUCCCAUCAUCUGGAGUUUACAGAUGUCUCGGACUACACGUAUCAAUUUGAUCGGUGUUCUCAGCCUCGGAUACAUUGCCGUUGCCUUAGGAAUAGUAAAAGCCAACUACCAAGUCAAACCAGACACAGACAGGACAUUCAACCAGCACCUAAACGUCUACGGCUUCCUCCAACUCAACGUCGGCAUAAUCGCCGCCUGCAUCCCAACCCUGAAACCUCUCCUCCGCACACACCCCUCAUCCUCCCGCACCCCCCGCCGGAGCGCCUACAACGACAUCGAGCACGCCGCCACAAUCGGCAGCGGCCGCGCCGCCAAACCGCGCUCCAGCAUCCUCGCCACAACCACCAAAUCCACCACCUCUCCCACAACAACAACCUUCACCCUCGACUCCACCUUUGAAAUGGCAAACCGCGGUAGUCUUCGCGAGAAACUAGCAGGCGGAGGUGCUGGUGCAGGCGGAGUGAAUAUGAAUCAGCAGAAGAAUGUCGUGUAUAGUGAUGGGAAUGGGGUGAGGACGGGGAGUCAAGAGAGGAUUUUGCACGAGGGGGGAGUGGAGGAUGCGAGUGGGAUUCUUUGUACGACGGAGGUGGUGGUGGAUAGUGUGGAGAGGGUGAGGAGGAAGCGGUGA